AUGGCCCAGCUGUACUACAAGAAGGUCAAUUACUCACCUUACAGAGACCGCAUUCCCCUGCAAAUCAUGAGGGCUGAGACGGAGCUCUCUGCUGAGGAGAAGGCCUUCCUUAGUGCCGUGGAGAAGGGGGACUAUGGCACCGUGAAGCAGGCACUGCAGGAGGCUGAGAUCUACUACAAUGUCAACAUCAACUGCGUGGAUCCUUUGGGCAGGAACGCCCUGCUCAUUGCCAUCGAGAACGAGACCUUGGAGAUCAUGGAGCUACUGCUGAACCAUAGCGUGUAUGUGGGCGAUGCAUUGCUCUAUGCCAUCCGCAAGGAAGUGGUGGGCGCUGUGGAGCUUCUGCUUAGCUACAGGAAGCCCGGUAGAGAGAAGCAGAUACCCACUCUGCUGAUGGACACCCAGUUCUCUGAGUUCACACCAGACAUCACUCCCAUCAUGUUGGCCGCCCACACCAACAACUAUGAAAUCAUCAAAUUGCUCGUCCAAAAGCGGGUCACUAUUCCACGGCCCCACCAAACCCGCUGCAACUGUGUGGAGUGUGUGUCCAGCUCAGAGGUAGACAGCCUGCGCCAUUCAAGGUCCCGACUGAACAUCUACAAGGCUCUGGCAAGCCCCUCACUGAUUGCCUUAUCAAGCGAGGACCCCAUCCUCACUGCCUUCCGGCUGGGCUGGGAACUCAAUGAGCUAAGCAAGGUGGAAAAUGAGUUCAAGGCCGAGUAUGAGGAGCUCUCCCAGCAAUGUAAGCUCUUUGCCAAGGACCUGCUAGACCAAGCACGCAGCUCCCGAGAACUAGAGAUCAUCCUCAACCAUCGAGAUGACCACAGUGAAGACCUUGACCCACAGAAGUACCAUGACCUAGCCAAGCUUAAGGUGGCAAUCAAAUAUCACCAGAAAGAGUUUGUUGCUCAGCCAAACUGCCAACAAUUGCUUGCCACCUUGUGGUAUGAUGGCUUCCCUGGAUGGCGGAGAAAGCACUGGGUAGUCAAGCUUGUGACCUGUAUGACCAUUGGCUUCCUGUUUCCUAUGCUGUCUAUUGCCUAUCUGAUCUCACCCAGGAGCAACCUUGGGCUCUUCAUCAAGAAGCCCUUUAUCAAGUUCAUCUGCCACACAGCUUCCUAUCUGACCUUCCUCUUCAUGCUCCUCCUGGCCUCUCAGCAUAUCGUCAGGACAGACCUCCAUGUACAAGGGCCUCCCCCAACUAUUGUGGAAUGGAUGAUUCUGCCUUGGGUUCUAGGUUUUAUUUGGGGGGAGAUAAAGGAAAUGUGGGAUGGUGGAUUCACGGAAUACAUCCAUGAUUGGUGGAACUUAAUGGACUUUGCAAUGAACUCCCUCUACCUGGCAACUAUUUCCUUGAAGAUUGUGGCCUAUGUCAAGUAUAAUGGUUCUCGUCCAAGGGAGGAAUGGGAAAUGUGGCACCCGACUCUGAUUGCAGAGGCGCUCUUUGCAAUAUCCAACAUUUUAAGUUCCUUGCGUCUCAUAUCCUUGUUCACAGCCAACUCCCACUUAGGGCCUCUGCAGAUCUCUUUGGGACGCAUGCUGCUCGAUAUACUCAAAUUCCUCUUUAUCUACUGCCUAGUACUGCUGGCUUUUGCCAAUGGACUGAACCAGCUUUAUUUUUACUAUGAGACCAAAGCUAUCGAUGAACCUAACAACUGCAAGGGGAUCCGGUGUGAGAGACAGAACAACGCCUUCUCCACGCUCUUUGAAACCCUCCAGUCACUCUUCUGGUCUGUAUUUGGCCUUUUAAAUCUCUAUGUCACUAAUGUGAAGGCCAGGCACGAGUUCACCGAGUUUGUGGGAGCUACUAUGUUUGGAACAUACAAUGUGAUCUCUCUGGUAGUGCUGCUGAACAUGCUCAUUGCCAUGAUGAAUAACUCCUACCAGCUUAUUGCCGAUCAUGCUGACAUUGAGUGGAAAUUUGCAAGAACAAAGCUAUGGAUGAGUUACUUUGAUGAAGGUGGUACCUUGCCACCUCCUUUCAACAUUAUCCCCAGUCCCAAAUCAUUUAUGUAUCUUGGCAAUUGGUUCAAUAACACCUUCUGUCCAAAAAGAGACCCUGAUGGAAGACGGAGACACAACUUGAGAAGCUUCACAGAGCGCCAUGCUGAUAGCCUGGUCCAAAAUCAACAUUAUCAGGAAGUUAUCAAAAAUUUAGUCAAGAGAUAUGUGGCUGCAAUGACAAGAAACUCCAAAACAAAUGAGGGAUUAACAGAAGAAAACUUUAAGGAAUUAAAACAGGACAUCUCAAGCUUUCGAUAUGAAGUACUUGACCUCUUGGGAAACAGAAAACAACAAAGAAGAAGCUUUUCCACUAGCAGUGCUGAAUUCUCUCAAAGGGAUGAUACCAAUGAUGGCAGUGGUGGGGCACGGGCCAAAUCUAAGAGCGUCUCUUUCAAUUUAGGCUGCAAGAGAAAGGCCUGCCAUGAGGCACCUCUCAUCAGAACCAUGCCAAGAGCCAGUGGUACUCACGAGAAGUCAAAAGCAGAGUCGUCAAGCAAACGGUCCUUCAUGGGCCCCUCUUUCAAGAAACUGGGUCUCCUAUUUUCCAAGUUUAAUGGUCAGAGCUCUGAACCUACUACGUCAGAGCCAAUAUACACCAUCUCCGAUGCCAUUGCCCAGCAGCAUUAUAUGUGGGAGGACAUCAGAUAUUCUCAGAUGGAGAAAGGGAAGGCAGAGGCCUGUUCUAAAAGCGAUUUGAACCUCAGUGAGGUAGAGUUAGGUGAAAUCCGGGGUGCUGCUCGGAGCAGUGAAUGCCCCCUAGCCUGUUCCAGCUCUUUUCACUGUGUACCCAGCAUCUGCUCCUCAAAUUCUAAACUUUUAGACUCAUCAGAGGAUGUGUUUGAAACUUGGGGAGAGGCUUGUGACUUGAUCAUGCACAAAUGGGGUGAUAAACAGGAAGAACAAGUUACAACUCGGCUCUAAGUCAAGCCCCCCCCCACCAUCAUCUGUUCUGAAAUUCAAGAGAACAUUUGUAAUUCCUCAUUCUCAGAGGUGACCGCAAAUAUGGUUCCCUCGUGGUCCCCCGCCAAGGAGUGGAACUCUUAUUAUUUUCCGUCUUUUAUAGCCACAUUCUUCGUGUUCUGUUUUACUGCUAUUAUAAUUUGCCUUUUUGUAACUAUAAAUACUAGAUCCAUCACAAAACCAACGGAAGCAGAAUUGCCCCAGUCAGCAGAGAUGCAGUUGCGUGCUUAAUCCCUUUGCUUUGCUGUUCUUAUCCUUGUCUUGUUGAAGCUCCUGGUGCCACUUUGCUACAAUAGCUGCCGCACAGAUUCCUGACUUUCCUCGGGAUCUCACACCCAUCUCCCGACAGAGCUGAGGG